UGCUAUAAGAUAAAAGCGCUGUGCUCACAUUAUCUUUAGAUUGCCGCCGACCAUCGUACGGCUCGCAUCAUCUUUGGACAAUUAAAGUGCUUCAAUUGUGUGGUUCGGCGGUUACCAUGAAGCUGUUGGCAACGUUGCUCGUGGCCAGCGCCAUGCUGCUAGGCGUAAGCAUGGCCAGCAUUAGCUCCAGCUAUAGCUACUAUCGUCUGCCCACCGCAUUGCGUCCCAAGAAAUACGAUUUGCGUGUGCUCACACAUCUGGAGAAUCCCGAAGAGCUGCGCUUCGAGGGCAAUGUAAAGAUACUGAUCGAAGUGCUGGAGAACACCAAGAACAUUACUUUGCAUGCCAAGAAUCUGACCAUCGAUGAAGCGUUGAUUACACUGAAGGAUACUUCGAGUGCGGACAAAAAGAAUUGCAUCUCCUCCACCGAGGUGAAUUCACAGCACGAUUUCUAUGUGAUGCAAACUUGCAACGAACUUUUGGCCGGCGAAGUCUAUGAGCUGUCGAUGCCAUUUAGUGCUGAUCUCAAUCGCCAGCUAGAAGGCUACUAUCGCAGCUCCUAUCUCGAUCCGGUGGCCAAUGUAACCAGAUGGCUAUCGAUUACACAAUUUGAGCCGGCCUCGGCGCGUUUGGCCUUCCCCUGCUUUGAUGAGCCCAAUUUCAAGGCGCCAUUUGUGGUCACCCUCGGCUACCACAAGAAAUACACCGGACUGAGCAACAUGCCCGUUAAGGAGAUCAAAAACAACGAUCAAAUUGCCGACUACAUUUGGUGCGAGUUCCUCGAGUCGGUGCCCAUGUCAACCUAUUUGAUUGCCUACUCGGUCAAUGAUUUUGCCCACAAACCCUCGACGCUGCCCAACAGUACUCUCUUCCGCACCUGGGCACGUCCCAAUGCCAUCGAUCAGUGUGAUUAUGCCAGUGGCUUUGGACCGAAGGUUUUGCAGUACUAUGAGGAUUUGUUUGGCAUCAAAUUCCCGCUGCCCAAGAUCGAUCAGAUUGCCAUUCCCGAUUUUAGUGCUGGUGCCAUGGAGAACUGGGGUUUGGUCACCUACAGAGAGAUUGCUUUGCUCUACUCUGCGGCGCAUUCGUCGCUGGUUGACAAGCAGCGCGUGGCUUCGAUUAUUGCCCAUGAAUUGGCGCAUCAAUGGUUCGGCAAUCUGGUCACCAUGAAGUGGUGGACGGACUUGUGGCUGAACGAAGGCUUUGCCACCUAUGUGGCCAGCUUGGGUGUGGAGAACAUCAACCCCGAGUGGCAUGCCCUCGAGCAGGAGUCGCUGGGCAAUUUGCUGACCAUCUUUAGACGUGAUGCUUUGGAGAGCAGUCAUCCAAUUUCGAGGCCCAUUGAAAUGGUCUCGGAAAUCUCGGAGAGUUUCGAUCAGAUCUCGUAUCAAAAGGGAUCGACGGUUCUGCGCAUGAUGCACAUGUUCCUAGGCGAUGAAUCGUUCCGCGCCGGUCUGCAAAAGUAUCUGCUGAAGUACUCCUAUGGCAAUGCCGAGCAGGACAAUCUCUGGGAAUCUCUCACCGAGGCGGCGCACAAAUAUCGCGCUUUGCCCAAGAGCUACGACAUCAAGAGCAUCAUGGACUCCUGGACACUGCAAACGGGCUACCCCAUCAUCAAUGUGACCCGCAAUUACGAGCAGGGCACUGCCAAGCUCACCCAGGAGCGCUACUUGCUCAACACUCAGAUCGCUCGCGCAGCCCGCGGCGGUUGCUGGUGGGUUCCACUCAGCUAUGCUACUCAGGGAGAGCAGGACUUUAACAACACGGCGCCCAAGGCAUGGAUGGAGUGUGACAAGAAUGGCGGAGUGUUGCCCAAGACAAUCACCGAUCUGCCUGGCAACGAUCAGUGGGUGAUCUUCAACACUCAACUGUCGACGCUGUACAAAGUGAACUACGAUGAGCGCAAUUGGAAGCUGUUGAUUGAGACGCUGACGAAUGGUGAAUUUGAGCGCAUUCAUGUGAUCAAUCGUGCCCAGCUGAUUGACGAUGCCCUCUACUUGGCCUGGACGGGUGAGCAGGAUUAUGAGAUUGCCAUGCGUUUGGUCGAAUAUCUGCAGCGUGAGCGCGAAUAUUUGCCAUGGAAAUCGGCAUUCGAGAAUCUGAAACGCAUCAAGAACAUUAUUCGACAGACGCCCAACUAUGAGUUCUUCAAGCGUUACAUGCAAAAGCUCAUUGCACCCAUCUAUCUGCAUCUGAAUGGCUUGAAUGACACCUUCAGCGGCAUCGAGCAGCAAGAGCAAGUGCUGCUCAAGACAAUGGUCGGCAACUGGGCCUGUCAGUAUCAAGUGGAGGAUUGCAUCGAGGUUGCUCAGUCCUAUUAUCGCGCCUGGCGUGCGGAGCCUAAGCCCGAUGAGAAGAAUCCCGUGCCCAUCAAUCUCAGGCCAACGGUCUACUGCACUUCUAUUCGCCAGGGUAGCGACUCCGAUUGGCAGUUCUUGUGGACAAGAUACAAGAAUUCGAAUGUGGCCGCCGAGAAGCGCACGAUUUUAACCUCCUUGGGCUGCUCGCGUGAGGUUUGGCUGCUGCAGCGUUAUCUGGAGCUGACCUUUGAUCCCAAGGAGGGCAUUCGACGACAGGAUUCGAUGUGGGCCUUCCAGGCAAUUGCCUACAAUGAGAUUGGUUUCCAUUUGGCCAGGGAAUACUUUAUGAACAACGUGGACUUUAUCUACAAAUUCUACCAUCCGAUUACCAAGGACAUGUCGCGCUUGUUGCCGCCGUUCUCGGAGCAAACAUUCCUGGAGAGCGACUUUGAGGACUUUAAGAACUUUGUCACCGCCAACAGAGGCUCAUUGAAGGGUCUAGAACAGGCCAUACAACAAACACUGGAGACGAUGCUCACUAAUGUGCAAUGGAAGCAACGCAACUAUCGCCAGUUGUCACGCUCCAUUGAGACGAUGAUCUAGAUAUAGAUUGCGAAUUUAGCUGCACGAAUAUCCUUAAAUAAUUACGAGUACACUCAACAUAUGUAGUUCUUUCUGAAAGUCCUCAUCAGCUCAUUAAAACUAAUUCAACAAUUAAGCGAUCAGCCUGUACGAGUAUUAAACAAGUUUCCAAUAAAUUAUAUACAAUAAAAAA